AUGGUGGAUGUGUACACUGUGAAGGUGGAGGAGGCAAGGCCAGAAACUGAUGAAAAACCAUCAGCAGGUCCUGUAUACAGGUGCAUUUAUGCCAGAGAUGGUUUGAUGGAUUUGCCUUCUCAUUUUCAAUCUCCAUGGGACUUCUUCAGUUUCGAUGGUUCCGUAUGCAGGGACACGACAACGAGGUGCCCCAGCAACCCUAUGCUGGGUCGGCGUCAAAGAACCGAUUUGAAGGUUGGUCUCUAUGAGUGGAUGACAUAUCAGGAGGCUUAUGAUGUUUCCAUCCGAAUGGGUUCCGCCAUGAGGAGCCGUGGUGUCAAUGCUGGAGACCGUUGUGGCAUAUAUGGGUCCAACUGCCCUGAAUGGAUACUUGCAAUGGAGGCUUGCAAUAGCUAUGCAGUAACAUAUGUCCCAUUAUAUGACACCCUGGGUCCCAAUGCUGUGGAGUUUAUCAUAAACCAUGCUGAAGUUUCGAUAGCGUUUGUACAGGAUAGCAGGAUUCCUUCUGUUUUGUCCUGCCUUGCUCGGUGUUCAAAUCUUAAAACUAUUGUGAGUUUUGGUAAUGUUUUAACUACCCAAAAGAAGGAAAUCGAGGAGCUUGGUGCAUCUUGUUUCUCCUGGGAAGAGUUUAUCCAGUUGGGAGAUAUGGAUUUAGAUCUACCACCGAAAAAGAAGACUGACAUCUGUACAAUCAUGUACACAAGUGGAACUACAGGCGAACCCAAAGGCGUCAUUAUUAAGAAUGAGGCUUUCAUGGCUCAAGUGUUAUCUAUUGACCAAAUACUUAAUUUAACAGACAAAAUGGGAACAGAAGACGAUGUAUACUUCUCUUUCCUUCCUCUUGCUCAUGUAUAUGACCAGAUAAUGGAGACCUAUUGCAUCUACAAGGGUUCUUCAAUUGGAUUUUGGCAAGGCGAUGUCAGGUUCUUAAUGGAAGAUGUUCAGGUGCUGAAACCAACUAUAUUUUGCGGUGUUCCUAGAAUUUAUGAUCGUGUUUAUGCUGGUAUCACUAGCAAAAUUUCAUCUGGAGGAGUACUGCAAAGUACAAUGUUUCAAUAUGCAUACAACUACAAGUUGGGAUACCUGGAGAAGGGUCUUCCUCAAGACAAAGCAGCACCUUUGUUUGAUAAGCUUGUGUUUGAUAAGAUAAAACAAGCAUUAGGUGGACGGGUUCGUCUCCUGUUAUCAGGAGCUGCUCCUUUGCCCAGGCACGUGGAGGAGUUUUUGAGGGUCACUUUUGGAGCUACUAUGUUGCAAGGAUAUGGUCUUACCGAAAGUUGUGGUGGGUGUUUCACUGCAAUUAGCAAUGUGUUUUCUAUGAUGGGAACAUUUGGAGUCCCUACGACAACCAUUGAGGCCAGGCUUGAAUCCGUGCCAGAGAUGGGAUAUGAUGCACUCUCCACUGAAGCCCGCGGAGAGAUUUGCCUGAGAGGGAGUACAUUGUUCUCUGGUUACCACAAGUGUCCAGAUCUUACUGAAGAAGUUCUGGUUGAUGGUUGGUUUCAUACAGGUGACAUUGGAGAAUGGCAGCCAAAUGGAGCCAUGAAAAUUAUUGACAGAAAAAAGAAUAUCUUUAAAUUGUCUCAAGGAGAAUAUGUUGCUGUGGAGAAUAUUGAAAACAAGUAUUUACAAUGCCCCCUUAUAACAUCGAUUUGGGUCUAUGGAAAUAGUUUUGAAUCUUUUUUGGUGGCAGUGGUGGCCCCUGAAAGAAAGGCCCUUGAGGAUUGGGCAGUGAAGCAUAAUUCUACAGAUGAUUUUAAUUCUUUAUAUAAAAAUCCUAAGGCAAGAAAAUACAUUUUGGAUGAGCUCAACAGCACUGGUCAGAAACACCAACUUAGAGGUUUUGAAAUGCUUAAAGCAGUUCACCUGGAACCAAUUCCCUUUGACAUGGAGAGAGAUCUAAUAACUCCAACAUUCAAGUUGAAGAGACCGCAAUUGCUCAAGCACUAUAAGGAUUGCAUUGAUCAACUAUACAAGGAAGCGAAGGCAUAG